CUCUGUGGGCGGGGCCAGGCUGUGGGCGGGGCCAGCGGAGCAGCGCCAUGGCUCCGGCGCUGGGGCUGGGGGCGCUCCUGGGAGUCCUGGGGCUCCUGAGGACCCCGGCGGGGGCGGCGGAGGUUGUGCACUCCCUGCGUUACCUGCGCGUGGCGGUGUCGGAGCCGGGCCCGGGGCUGCCCCGGUACGUGGCCGUGGCGUCCGUGGACGGGACCCCCUUCGUGCGCUACGACAGCGAGCGGGGCCGGCUGGAGCCGCAGACUCUGUGGAUGGCGGCCGGAGCCGAGCCGGGAUAUUGGGACACCGAGUCCCGGAUCAACGGGAGGUACCGGCGAAAGGACCCCGCCCACCUGGACAUGCUGCAGAUCCGGCACAACCAGAGCGGGGGUCUCCACACGCUGCAGCGGGAUUGUGGCUGUGAGCUCCUGUCCGACGGGAGCGUCCGUGGAUCCUAUCGGGAAGGCUACGACGGACAGGAUUUUCUCUCCUUCCAGUUGGGAUCCAGGAGCUUCGUGGCGGCCGACGGCGCUGCCCAGAUCAUCAAGAGGCACUGGGACUCUGAUGGGAUCACAGUGGAGAGGUUGACAAAUUUCCUGGAGCAGACCUGCCUGGAAGUGCUCCAGAAACAUGUCCAGUAUGGGCAGGAGGUGCUGAAGAAAAAAGAGCCUCCUGACGUCCAAGUGUCCGGGAAAGAGGAACACGGGAUCCUGACGUUGUCCUGCCGCGCGUACGGGUUCUACCCCGGGGUCAUCGAGAUCAACUGGCUGAAGGGGGAUGAAAUCUGGGAUCAGGAGACGUGGUGGGGCGGGAUCGUUCCCAACAGCGACGGCACCUUCCACAGCUGGGCCAGGAUUGAGGCGCUGCCGGGGGAGCGGGAGCAGUACCGGUGCCGGGUGGAGCACGCCGGAAUGCCGGAGCCCGGGAUCUUCGCCUGGGUCCCCUCCCCCUUCUCACCAUCUCGCGCUUUCCAGAGCCGGAAUCUGGCUGGAAUCUCAUCCCAUUGGUGGUCACAGUGUCCGUCAUCGCUGCCAUCAUCAUCAUCGGUCUCAUCCUCAUGGGAUUUGGCAUCUGGAAGCUCCGAUCUGGGAAGAGGGAGAGGAAGAGAUGCGUUGCGGCCAAUGGAACAGACAUGGGAACUGACUGCUCCCUCACAGGUAUGGAGCAGGAUCCAUGUGGGAUCCCUCAGGAAAAGAACCUGUUGUGGUGCCUCCACGUGUCGUGACACGGGCUCGGACAGAGCCACGAGCGGGAAGCGCCGGGAGUGGAGAAUGGGGGGGACACGGAGGUUGGGGGGUCUGGCAGGACACUCUGCCUGCAUAGAGCCUAAAAUCCGGUCAGAGAACCCAAACAACCCAAGCUGGCUGUGUUGAGCUCCCACUGGUGCCAAGGGGCUGCUUUUAGUGUUGGGCUGUGCUAAAACCAGCCUGGUUCACAACUGCAAACACCCCCCCUGCUUUUGGAAGCAGCAUUUGACUGAUAAGCUACUGGCUGGCCUGGAGAAAUGGGACUGGCAGUCAAACUCUUUAUUACUGUAAAAGCCCAGCCCAGUCCAACUUUCAUGUGGCAGAUUCUUCCAGACUUUCCUGGAGUGUGUAGAGCUUGUCCCGUGGAGCAGGGAGGCGUCUUCAUGGUUACUGAGGGGCUGAGUUGCGCGGAGUUAUAUCAGUCUCCACUAAUGUUUGUUUCUUUUUGCCAGCUUUGAUACAAUUUGAUGCAAUUGCUUUACUAGAAUUGCUU